AUGAACGCUCUUUUUGUCAUUAUGGUUAUAAUGUGUGUUCAAGCAAAAACAAAUGAAACUGAAGCAUUAACUGGAGUUAAGGUAGUUAAAGAUUUAACUCUUCCACCAGCUUUGAUUAAAUCAAAGCAAUUAGUUGUCAAAAGAUUAGAAGAAAAAUUAAAGUUAACUUCAGCUCAAGCAGAGUCAAUGGCUGAAAGAAUUAUGUCUUCUAUUGAUGAAAAUUCUAUUAAUCCAUCUAUUGAACGUGCAAAGGCUGUUGCCAAGAAAGUUAAAAAAGCUGCUAAAAUUACUAAAAAAUAUACUAAAGGAACACCUUGUGGAGAUGAACUCAUUAACUUAGCAAAAAUGUACGACAAUAAAAUUCAAAUUCAACAAUUUGAUGUUAAUAAGUUAAACUCAAUGAUCAAUGAUGCUAUUAAGAAGAUUACUGCUAAAAAGAAAUUAAAAGAAGUUAAAUGCUUAUUAAAAAAGAGUGGGGUUAAAGGUUCUCUUAAUGUUAAGAAACCAGUGUCAAAAUUAAAUACCCCUAUAAAACCAACUCUUGCUGAACAAUAUCCAGAAAUUGCUAAAUUAAUUCCUGAAACAAAAUCAUCAAUAGAUUUCAAAGUCAAAGUAAACGCUAAACAAACAUUACAAAAUAAGCUUAUUGACCAAAUCUAAUAAUCAUUUUAUUUCUUUUAUUUUGA